CUUCAAGUUGUUAUGCCUCCCCAUCAAAGAAGACAGCAUGUCUUUAGUAAUAGACUGUUUCACUCCUCAGCUAGUCAGGUUGCUACUCCGGUUCAUGACCUACCUUCAGACCUAGAUUCGGACGCAUCCGCUCCCUCACUCCUUAAGAAAUCGUCAGACAUAUCCACUUCCGUAGAAAACGAGCAAGCAUUUGAUUUCGAGCAGAUACUCAGAGAUCUUGUGAAACGCCGUCAAGAUGAAGGAAUCAAGGACCGUCAACUUGGUGUCAUGUUUAAGGACUUGCGUGUCGUCGGCGCAGGUUCCCGUACCUCGCUCCAACCCACUGUAGGCUCACCUUUUCAUCCCUCAACGUUUCUGUACAAGAUAAGGGAAAUCCGCCACCCCCCAAUUAGAGACAUCUUGUCCGGAUUCGAGGGCUUGGUCACUCCUGGCGAAAUGCUUUUGGUCCUUGGUCGUCCUGGUUCUGGGUGUUCAACCUUCCUCAAGACUCUCGCUAAUCAACGUGGAGAGUACCAUGCAGUCGAGGGUCAAGUUUUCUAUGAUUCAUUCACCCCGAAGGAGAUUCAUGACUCCUUCCGUGGCGAUGUCACUUACUGUCCGGAGGAUGAUGUCCACUUCCCGACCCUGACUGUCAACCAGACGCUCUCUUUUGCUAUCAGAAACCGUACUCCCGCAACACGUUUUCUCGGCCAGACGCGCGAGGACUAUGUUGAGGAUACCACCACGAUGCUAAUGAAAGUCAUUGGCCUCUACCGUUCGAAAAAUGCCUUGGUCGGUAAUGCUCAGGUGCAAGGUGUUUCGGGAGGCGAGAGAAAGCGAGUUUCUAUCGCAGAAACUUUAGGCUCUGCAGGCUCACUUUGUGUGUGGGAUAAUUCCACUCGUGGACUAGACUCCUCGACUGCCCUUGAGUUUGUUCGCACAUUACGUUCCAUCACAGAUGUCAAACGCACAACGACGAUCGUUUCUCUCUACCAGGCAGGCGAGCGAUUAUAUGAUUUGUUUGACAAGGUCUGUAUUAUUGCGGAAGGCAAAAUGGCCUAUUUUGGUUCAGCAAAGUCGGCCAAAGGCUAUUUUAUCGAUAUGGGCUUCGAACCACAAAACAGGCAGACUACUCCCGAUUUCCUGGUUUCAGUUACGGACGCGAACGGAAGGAAAAUCCGCCCUGGAUAUGAGAGCUUUGUCCCGCGGACGUCGGAGGACCUUGCUAGCCGUUUCAUUGCGUCCGACCUCGGUCAUCAGAACCGGAAAGCGAUUGAACAACGCUGCGAGCAAUGUAUCGGCAAUCACGAACACAAGCAGGCGUAUCUGUCUAGCGCAGCCGCUGAACGUGCCUCCACAUCUACUACAUAUGUGGCUUCUAUCCCCCAGCAAGUGAAAGCGGUCAUGAAGCGCCGCCUGCAAGUUAUUGUCGGUGAUAAAUUCGAGCUCUUUGUACAACUGGCUUCCCAGGUCUUCCAAGCGAUAAUUUUGGGCACUGUUUUUCUGAACGUGCCAAAUGAUACCUCAGCCUAUUUUUCUCGCGCAGGUGUCCUGUUUUUCUCCCUAUUCUUCAGCGCUAUUACAUCCAUUGCAGAAGUCCCGGCGCUUUUCUUCCAGCGCCCAAUCGUGCUUCGCCACCAGAAAGCCGCGUUACAUUACCCAUUCAUCCAGAGCCUCGCGCAUACUGUCGUCGAUAUUCCGAUCACUUUAGUUGUUCAACUGGUUUUCGCUGUGAUCCUCUACUUCCUUGUUGGGUUGCAACGUUCUGCCGCACAAUUUUUUAUAUUUUACCUUUUUAUCUUUUUGAUGUCGCAAACCAUGAAGUCAUUCUUCAGAGCUAUUGCUGCAAGCUUCAAAACUUGUCAUAGCGCAAUAGCUGUUAGUGGUAUCUUCAUCCUCUUGAUAUCGUUCUAUGGUGGAUACGCAAUUCCUUGGCCGACUGCUCCGACGGGCUUGCGGUGGAUCAUGUGGAUGAACCCUUUGUGGUGGGGGUUCAGUGCACUUGUUGUGAACGAGUUUCAUACGCUCGACGGAAUUUGCUCCACUCUCGUCCCUCAAGGUCCUGGCUAUGAGAAUGUUUCGCUUGUAAACCAGGUUUGUACAACAGCCGGAUCGCAGCCCGGGCAGCUUCUAGUAGAUGGCAACAUUUAUGUUGGACUGACGUUCGACUUUUGGUAUGGUCAUCUUUGGAGAAACUUUGGUGUCAUUUGUGCUUUCCAUCUCGGGUUCUUGGCCGCUCUCCUAAUUGCCACAGAAUGUAACACGUCGUCUGCUUUCGACGGCGCCAUCGUUCUCUUCAAGCCGAGCUCAAAUGUUAUCGAUAGGAAUGCCAAGGCACUUGACGAGGAGGAGGCAGAUACGGAAUUUCGCUCUGGAUGCCACUCCAAGGCGGCUGAUGCGUCAGCUUUCCACAAUCUCGAGGAGAAGAACGUCAUGGUCACGGAUAUCUUCACGUGGCAGCACCUGCAGUAUGAAGUUCCAUUUGAGGGAGGUAUGAAACGCCUUCUUGAUGAUGUCACGGGCUUUGUUGCCCCUGGGAAGCUCACUGCGUUGAUGGGCGAAUCUGGCGCUGGAAAGACCACACUUUUGAACGUUCUUGCACAACGCAUCGCUGCUGGUGUGGUGGGUGGUGACCGGUUCGUUAACGGACAGCCGCUCCCCACAGACUUCCGGGCUCAGAUGCAAGCAUUCGGUUACUGCCAACAACUCGACACUCACCUUCCCGAGGCAACCGUUCGCGAAGCGCUCCUCUUCUCUGCGAAUCUUCGCCAACCCCAGUCAGUUCCUCUCACUGAAAAGGAAGCAUAUGUUGACAAGUGCCUUCAAAUGUGUGGUCUAGAGGGGUACGCUGAUGCUAUUGUUGGCUCUCUCGGGGUUGAGUACCGUAAACGCACCACCAUCGCAGUAGAACUUGCUGCCAAGCCCAAACUUCUACUCUUCCUGGAUGAGCCCACAUCUGGCCUCGACUCACAAUCUGCCUGGGCCAUCGUGCAGUUCCUUCGCGAACUUGCUGACCAUGGUCAGGCCAUCCUCUGCACGAUCCAUCAGCCUUCAGCGGAGCUCUUCCAGGUCUUUGACAGACUACUGCUCCUUUGCAAGGGUGGACAAACUGUCUACUUUGGCGACAUUGGCGAGGACUCGUCAACUGUACUGAACUACUUUGAGCGUAAUGGCGCUCCACGCUGUGGCUCCGACGCCAACCCGGCGGAAUACAUGCUUGACGUAAUUGGUGCUAGAGCAGCUGCAGUCUCCCCCACUGAUUGGUACGAUGUCUGGAGGCGUUCAUCAGAGGCGAGGGAGCUUCAAGUUCAGAUCGGAGGGAUGCACGAAUCUGGUCGUACUCAGCCACAACAGCUUAGCAACCAGUGUUCUGUCUUUGCCACCUCAUGGUCGCACCAGUUCGUCGCCCUCACCCAGCGGAACUUCCGAGCAUACUGGCGCGCUCCUGCGUAUGUCCACGCCAAAUUUGUGCUUAACAUCGCUGGUGGUCUCCUUGUGGGUUUUACCUUUUUCCAGGCAAAUGACUCUUUGCAGGGCACCCAAAACAAGCUGUUUUCAAUCUUCCUCAUCCUCGUGCUCAGCAUUUCCCUCAUCCAUCAGCUCAUGGUCGUCUACAUUGACAUUCGCACAGUGUACGAAAUUCGUGAGCGUCCUAGCAGAAUGUAUCACUGGACCGCCCUCGUCAUGUCACAACUUGCUGCUGAGCUUCCUUGGAACAUGAUAAGUUCGGCAAUGUUCUUUUUCUGCUGUUACUGGACUGUCGGAUACCCCACGGGCCGGGCAGGCUACUCGUUCCUCAUGCUCUCUGUUGCCGUCCCGUUGUACUAUACCACUCUUGGACAUGGCAUCGCGUCCAUGGCGCCAAACGCUUCAGUUGCAUCCCUGUACUUCACAACUCUCAUUAUCUUUGUCUUGAUCUUUGAUGGCGUAAUCCAGCCAUUCAUGGAGCUUAAUUGGUGGAAAUGGAUGUACAGGGUCUCUCCUUUCACAUACAUCAUCGAGGGUCUCCUUGGUCAAGCCAUUGGCGGGGAAGCAAUUAGGUGUUCUUACACGGAACUAGUCUCCGUCAACCCACCGAAAGGUUUGACGUGCGGCAAGUACAUGGGUCCCUUCAUGCAAUUCGCCGGGGGCUACCUCACGAACCCCGAAGUAGCGGAGGGUUGUCAGUACUGCCCCUAUACCACUACAGACCAGUUCAUGUACUCGAGGUUCAACAUUGCAUACAGUGAUCACUGGCGCGACCUGGGCAUCGUCUUUGGAUUCGUCGCGUUUAACAUCGUUGCUGUUUUCUGGUUCACAUAUUUCAUGCGCAUUCGCACCAUCAGCGUGUUUGCUUCUCUUAGGCAGAUGUUAACUCGUGGCCAGUAGAUUACAAUCCAUACAUACCGUAUACCUCGUGAAUGUACUCGUAGGACUAGGUGUAGAGGAUUGUUUGUAACCUAUCGUAUAUAUUUAUGUCUGGACUCUGUAUAACCCUUCCAAGCUCUAGAGUCGCAAUACCUUACAAAG